AUGACCACACCUAACAAGACACCUCCUGGUUCUGAUCCCAAGCAGUUGGAAAGAAGUGCAACCAUAAGGAAGACCGGCUCUCAAGCUCUUUGGUCACUCUCAUCUUGCAAACCAGCUUGUGAAGUGGAUCAAUUACCAUAUGACAAUCUAGAAAUUUACUGGCAAUCUGAUGGCUCUCAACCUCACAUAGUUAACAUCAAAUUCAGAAGAAAAACAACAGUGAAUACAUUGUAUAUUUAUUCAGACUAUAAACCUGAUGAAAGCUACACUCCAAGCAAAUUCUGA